AGUUUCAAUCUCCACUGGCCAGCCGGCCUCCAGCUCCCGUUUGCAGCCGCCGGGCUGGUUGCUGCGUCCGGCCGGAAGCGCCUCCUCCCCCCGUCACAAUGGGCUGGGAGCCAGCCCGACCGCGUCCUUAGCAACCGCCCCGGCGGCGGCGCCCGAGCAGCGGCCGGGGGCCUGGGAGGCGAGUCGGCCUGGCGCGGUGCUGAGGGACGCUCCUGCCUCCACUCCCGUCACCCUCAGAUUGAUUAUAGUAUGAGAAGAUGCCAGUUAUUAAAGUGCCAGUGACACACAGAUUUGGAAUAUUAUCCAACAGACAACAUAAAGAACUUCAAAAGGAACUUUUGAGAAAAUAUUUGCCAAGUCAUUCAUAUGAAAUCCACAGAAACAAGCCUACAAACCCCUUGGAAAUCACAGAAAAAUUCAUUCAAAAGUUCAAUGAUGCAACAAAUCCACAGGAUAAAGAAGACUUACUAGAACUAGCUAAGAAAAUGCUUGCCAGAUGCAAGAGAAGAUCAGGCCUUGGCACAUUAGGUUCUGGGAAGCAUGUGGAUCUUCCAGUAGCAUGGGCAGAAGCAAUUAUAUUGGCUCAGUGCAAAGGUGAAAUCCAGGAAGAAGCUUUGGACAUCCUUUUAAUUUCUUUGGACCAUGCUCCCAUGAAUCCAGAGCAUGUCCCUGUUUUAUUUUUCAUCGCUGAAUCCAUUUUGUAUAGGAUUUGUUGUGAUGCGGCACAGAAAUCUUAUUUAUACUCCAGUGAAAUCAAGUUAUCAAAGGUUGGAUUUUUGGUCUUUUUAAGGCUCCUUAUUUUUCACCUGUGUGGUCAUCUGGAGUCUUCUGGAGAACAUACAUUUAGGCUUCAUACAGACUUAAAAGUACUUUCAGCUUGUGAGGUCUGCUACCAUCCAUAUCCAAAUAUCCUCUCUGCUGUGCAUUUUAUGCUGAAGGCUGGAGAAACCAUAUGUGGUGCUGUGGUAUUUUCUGAUGUAAGCUUGGAAGAAAGACAGAAGCAGAGUCCUCUUGGCAUGUCCUUCUUGGAUUCUGACCCAUCAGUUCAAUUAAAGCUUGAACAAAAAGAAACUAUGAUUCAGCACUUUCUUUGGCAUAGUCUUGUUGUUUGGGUUUGUGUACACAACAACUCUUCUCGACUAGAUGAAGUGCUCCAACAUCUUCUGUUCUAUAAGGAAGAGCUCCACCAGAAAAACUGGUUGGAUUCUGUAUUAGGUUUGUUGGUCCUUGGAGAGGCUGCCAAAUUAAACUUGUCCUGCUUGAAGGUUUUAAUGGAUCUAGUGAGAGAUUUUAUUUCAAGCUCUAUGUCUCUUCAGAAGCAGAAAGACAACUGCAUGAGAAAUCUAUCAUCCUGGCACUGGGAAAUAGGCUACAUAUACACCACUGUGCUCAAAGACAUUUGUUUAAGUGGUAUUGCCUCAGAUUUACAAAAGACAGCUUUUCUUGGAUUCUGUGAUUGUACAAAACCACCUAAGCAUGCAGAAGAAUUAAGUGGAGCAAGUUUUUUUGACCUUUUGCAAUACAGUCCUUCACAUGGUCCACAUGACUGUGAAGAACUAUUCUGGGUUAUUCGCUAUGGUGUUGUUUACAAUCUCGUUGUGAUGUGCAAUGAACUCUGUGGGGAUGUGAGUCGAGAAGGCUUAAGGAAUGCAGUAUGGAAAGCUUUACAGAAACAAAAGAACAAUGAAAAGGAUAGCCGAGUCCUGGAAGCCAUAAAAGUAGCUGAGGCUGAGGCAAAUGGUCCAGCAAAUCCUUUUAUUAGUUCAAGUGCAAAUGCUCCAUCAUCUCCCAGGACCUUAAUCUCCUGCCAGUAUGUGGGCUGGAGAGUUGCCAGUGUACUCUGCCAGGUCUUCUUACCACCCAUUGGUCCCAACAUCCCUCUGCCAAGCAAACCUAAGCAGAAGCUAUCUCCUAUGCAACAUCAGCACUCAGAGCAGUGUGAGGUGGAGAAAAGAAUUGCACUUCCUUCUCUAAGGAAGGAACUUUUGCAAGCAAGAAUACCAAUUUAUCCAUAUCCAGAUAUCCUUACCCGGACAGAUAGGGAGCUAAAGAAGAUAAUUGAAGAUCAAUGGCAGAAAGAGCUGCAGAUCAGACUUAAGGAAGAGGAGGAGCUCCUGGAGAAAGAACUUCAGGAAAAACAAAGGAAGGAGGAAGAGCACUUCAGAGAAGUUAUGAAAAGGCGAGAGGAAAAGCUGCACAAGAAAACCAAACCUUAUGAGCUUCCUGUUAAACACAAAGAUGAAGAUUUGAUACAGUGAAUUAAAAGAGCCAACCUGUCAGUAUUUCAGCAACCAGCACAAACGUGGGACUGAGUUUCUAAUUUAAAUUUAAAUACUUUAAAAAUAAAAUUAAAAGAACAAUUAGAAAAAAUAACUCUGCUCCCCAGUGACAGAUUGGUGUGUACUUGUAAAAUGACCUAGCAUGCCAGGUCUGCAGCUCUGAAACACCUAGGGAAUCCAUUCCCCUGAGGAUUUCAGCAAUCUAGGGAAAAUCCCUGGAUGUUACUGAGCUGUCGAGGCAGCUCUAUACCCUCAGCACAGGGGUGUUCCUGGGGUAAGAGGAAGUGGCUGGAGCACCACAGCAUCCAGUCAUCCCAAACUGCUAGAGUAGCCCUUUUAGAUCAUGGGCAGCCAGGUUUAAUUUAGGGUAGUUCUGAGGCUGCCUUUUGUUAUAUGGAGGACUUGGAUGGGCCUAGUGUCAGGGAGCCUCUGCCUCUCACAUGCCCUGAGCCAAUUGUAGAUGCAGCUAAGGCUCUAGCCCAUUAUUCUUAGAAACAUGCAAAAAGGCUCCAUUUCAGUAAAUGGGCUUAGGGGAAACCUUUUUAUAGCUUUGACUUCCUGAGCUUUAUUUGGAGUUUCUGCUUCCAAAAAUGACACUGAAGCUUCCAAAUUUUACCUGAUUUCAGGUCAAAAUCAUGUGAAAUCAGAGAGAACCAUACAUUGGCCAAAUAGCUCUCACAUUUGCCACAGGACUAGCAAACCUUUGUGAACGUUGCCUUAGUUUGGGUUUGAAACAACCAGACACAUUUUUCUGUACUGAGGUUUCCUUAAGAAAGGUUCAUAAAGCUCCAGUUAUUUCCUAAAUGCAAAAACUUUCAUGCAUCAUCACUUUUUGCUACACUCUUUUGAGAUAAGAUAUAUUUGAAGAGUGGUCAUUAUACCUGCAGCAACUAAGAGUCCCAGUUGAGUGCAAUUUUUCCAGUUAUCUUUUUUCCAGUAGUAUAAUUAGCAUUUCUUCCUAUUAAGUCUCGACUUACGAUCACACAACAUUUUUUGUCAUUUGUAAACCAGAAGUAGUUGGUGUUCAUUACUAAACCAUUGAAUAUGAAUGAGUUGUAAAUAAUUGAUCCGUGGCAUUGCUGAAUCAUCUCUGAAAAAGAAUGAGCAUCAGCUGAGUUUUGCCUGUGUGAGAAAAAUCUUAGAAUAAAACUGGCUGUAAACUUGUCAGAAUAUGGGAGCAAUGAAUUGAAACAAAUUCUUCUUGAAAGUUUCUUUAAAAAAAAAACAACCCCCGCCAAGAAAUCAGUAAGAGUGGGCUAGAAUCAUAU